AGAUGUCCAAGAUGUAUAUGGCGUAAGACUCCAACCAACGACAGAGCUCCAUUGACCAGUAUCAGAACUACUCAACCCAUGGAGAUAGUCUGUAUGGACUUUCUGAAGUUAGAAGUUUCCAAGGGCGGAUACCAGUACGUAUUGGUGAUUACAGAUCAUUUUACCCGAUACGCACAGGCCAUUCCAACGAAAAACAUGACAGCCCGAACCACUGCUGAAGCUUUCUUCAAGAACUACGUGGUACAUUAUGGACUUCCAGAAAGAAUACACAGCGACCAAGGUGCUAACUUUGAGAGCCGUCUAGUCAAAGAGUUAUGUGAUAUUACCGGCAUCAAGAAGUCACGGACAACGCCAUAUCACCCACAAGGCAACGGACAAUGCGAAAGAUUCAACAGGACACUCAUCAACAUGCUUGGAACUCUUGAGAAAGAUAAGAAAACAGACUGGAAGUCUUACAUUGGUCCUAUUGUCCAUGCCUACAACUCGACCAAGCAUGACACUACAGGCUUCACACCGUUCCAGCUGAUGUUUGGUCGACAGCCGAAGCUACCAGUAGAUUUAGCUUUUGGGAUUGACAGUGAUAGAGAACCGAAAAUUAUGACGAAGUAUGUUGAAGAUCUGAGACAGAAAUUAAAGAAAUCUUACCAACUUGCAUCAUCAGCUGCAGAAAAAUCACAGGGUAAACAGAAGCAAGCUUAUGACAUCAGAGUUAAAGGAGCCAUUUUACAUAAAGAUGAUCGAGUACUUGUGAAGAUUCUUGCCUUCGAUGGAACCCACAAGUUACAGGAUAAAUGGGAAGAAGAUCCAUAUGUAAUCCUCGAUCAGCCCAAUACAGAACUACCUGUCUAUGUAGUUAGGAAAGAGAAUGGUCAUGGAAGAAAACGAACGCUUCAUAGGAACCAUCUACUACCCAUUGGAAGCAUCAACGAGGAACUUGUGGAAGAGAACACAACUCACCAAAUGCCAGUUCCUUUGCCAAGAAGAAGUAAAAGAAAACCAGCAUCACCAAAGAAGAAAACUGCUCCAGUAGAAGUUUCAACAGACUCCAACACAGAGAGUGAGGAUGAAUCAAUGGUGUAUGUCGUGGUUGAAGAGCCUCCGCAAGAUGUUCAACAAGAUAUUCAGCCGGAUGGCGUUAUCCAAGCAGAUGAUGAAACAGCAUCGGUUGAGGAGGAGGCUACUGUUCCUGGUAACGCUGAUGACGAUCAGGACCGCACCGAGGAGCAAUCUGAAUUAGAGGAGGACGCUUCUUUGCCUGAGGAAUCAGGAGGUUCAGAGCACGAAACAUCACUAGAAGAUCAAGUACAUGAUUUGGCAACAGAUGCUUUACAUGAUGUAACAGAUGAUGAUAGCACGGAAUAUGAGAACAUUGAUGAUGAAGAAGAAAAAGAUGAUGACACACCAGAACCACAACAAAGACGAUCUACCAGAACCAAGACAUCAACAGCUACAACCAAGUACAAGGAUUUUGUUGUACCACCAGUCUCCAAGAGUGCACAACCGGAAUGGAUGGUUCGUGCUGACUACCUUAGGACUGCAGCAUCCUCUGGAAUGUUUAUCAACAUGGCUGAUGACGUUUCCAGAGCGAUGUUGAAGCUGAUCACCAAGACAGACGAUUAGAUGAUAUAUUGUAUUUCAGUUUUGUCCAGUAUUAGACGAGGACGUCUUUUCCUCACACAGGGGGAAGAUCAUUGUUGUAUAUUUUUGUUUAUUGUCACCAUGAUUUCAGUUAUGUCUUGGAAGACAUUCUCGCAGCAGGGGGAGAAUGUGACAGAGUAUAUUUUUACAUAUUUCAUUUAUUAGUAUUUUACAUUUUAUUACAUGCCAGAUAUUAUACUUUAUUCAUUCACUCUGAUCAUUUGAUCUUUUGAUUUAUAGUUUAUUAUCUCUUUACACUAUAAAUUGUAUGAAAGUUCUAGUCAGUCAUACUUCAUUGAGCAAAAUUUUAAUUGUAUCUACCCGUCCAACUCAUUAGUAAAUUAAUUGUCACACCUUGUUUAUCUUUAUGGUCAGUUCUUAUUGGUCAUUCUGGACACACCUCAGAUUUUGGAAAAGAAGUAAUGGUGGUUAAUUCUUGAAAAUUGGAGACAUACAUAUUUAAUAUUUACUUCUUAUUUAAACCAUAUAUAGUGAUGAAACUUAUAUAGAGACAUUCUAUUUAGUGCUCGUUAGUACUCACUGAAGUUUCCAUACUUUGGAAUCACUGUAGUUAUUGGAAAUUACAUUCUUUAUAUCUGGACACAUAGAUUAUGAUGUUCCUGUAACAUACUGGUUGUACUGUAGAUGUUAGAUAUAUAACCUGGUUCCACAGAUUGGUAAGGGUCAUAUUAUAUUGUACCUAUAUGUCAGUUAACUUGAGUUCGAUAAUAGAUAUUAAACAUUACAGUAGUGCAUACGAACUUAAUAGCUAGAAUACUAUAGUGAACAGUUAAUAACCUUCGUAUGGUAAAGGUUUUAUGAAUGACACUCGUUUAUGAAGUACGAUACAUUCGACUUGUUUAUAAUACGCUUGGUUGAUUAUAAUGAUAUGCUAUUUGAUACGACUUAUCAGAUACAUGUAUUUGUAUUUAGAAAUAUAAUUGCAAGUUUGUUGCAUAUUAUGAAUGUCACUGCAUUCUUGAUACUCAGUAUAGUUUAUUGUAUAUGGAAUAGAAUAUUUCAUACGAUCUUGUAACAUUGUUAAUUACACCAGUAUACUAUUUGUAUGAUUCUAGUAUAAGAAUUUAAUAAGACUGUGAUAUUGAUAAAUGUGAUAAUUAUAUGCUAUUGUUAUUGCAGGGUUAUUUUCCCUAUGUUUACUUGUAUAAUAAAGUGAUGUCAAAGAA